CUCGGGCGCUACGCGUACGUGCGCGGCGGGGCCGGGAACGGCUCGGCCCUCCUGCUGUGCCAGCGCUACUUCCGCAAGGGCCGCAUCGACCCCGCCAACGACACCUUCAACAUCGACCCCCACAUCGUCACAGAUUGCCUGGGGGUGGAUCCUGAGGACCCCCAGCCCCCGGCUCUGGAUGGCACCUACAGGAACUUCACCGUCAAAUUCCACAAGCUCGUCAACGUCACCAUCCAGUUCCAGCUCAAGGCCAUCAACGUCCAGACCAUCAUCAACAACGAGAUCCCCGACUGCUACACCUUCACCAUCACCAUCACGUUUGACAACAAGGCCCACAGCGGGCGGGUGAGGAUCCGCCUGGACAACCACGCCCACAUCAAGGAGUGCAAGGACCCCUCGGUCUUCGGGAGAGGUGACAAUUCCUUCCGGCUGUUCUUCGACGUCAUCGUCAUCCUCGUGUGCUCCUUGUCCUUCAUCCUCUGCGCCCGCUCCAUCGUCCGCGGCCUCGCCCUGCAGCUCGUGGGUGGGAUCCUCAUCGUCACCCUGCGCGUGGCCCUGCCCAACGUGAUCCGCUUCUGCUGCUGCGUGGCCGUCAUCUACCUGGGCUACUGCUUCUGUGGCUGGAUCGUGCUGGGCCCCUACCACGUCAAGUUCCGGUCGCUGUCCAUGGUGUCCGAGUGCCUGUUCUCCCUCAUCAAUGGCGACGACAUGUUCGUGACGUUCGCGGAGAUGCAGCAGCACAGCCACCUGGUGUGGCUCUUCAGCCAGGUGUACCUGUACACCUUCAUCAGCCUCUUCAUCUACAUGGUGCUCAGCCUCUUCAUCGCCCUCAUCACCGGCUCCUACGAGACCAUCAAGGUGCCACGGAUGGGGUGGGGGAGGGGAAGGG